GAACCGAGUCCUCUCUCGUCUCCCUUGGGACCACUUUCCGAAUCGCCCGAGUCGGAGUCGGGCUUUCAAAAGCUUUCCUUGCGGACCGACCAACCCGUGAGAGGAUCGGUGGAUAGUUAUUCCUCAGGAUAUGACCCUCUUUCAAGAGUGAUCAUGGAAUCGGUCCAUCCGGGCUGGAUCGUAUACGCCAGCAACCGUCGCGUGUUUUGA